CUCCUCCAAACGUUUCAUAUCUGAAGUCAUAACAAAUCCAGCAGUUCCAAGCACAGGCAACAUCUGUGUUCGAGGGUAGAUAGAGACCUAAGCAGCUCGUAAGACAAGGAACACAAAAGGUGUCGAUGAGAUUGACAACAGAGACAGAGACAGCAGAUACAUUCAUCGGAAAAUUGCCAGAAGUGAAUUCAUCCUGCCUGCACCAGGGAGUGAGGGGCAUAGAGUGAGAGGGGGGCGGAUGCACACUCUCUACUCUCUUGCCCUGGAUUUCUGUUGCCCCCUCCGCCAACUUCGUCAGUCUUCCCCACCACCACAGCCUCUCAUUUCACCAUCUGUUCCCGCAUCAGGAGCAAGUACCCCGUGGUGUGUCUGUGGCAUGGAGAAAGAGAGGGAGGAUGAAGAGACGGAGGGGAGGGAGAGACCAGAGCCUCUGACGGAUGUGGAGCGGGGCAUCAUUAAGGACACCUGGGCACGUGUUUAUGCAAGUUGUGAGGAUGUAGGCGUCACUAUACUAAUCAGAUUCUUUGUUAACUUCCCCUCAGCAAAGCAGUAUUUCAGUCAGUUCCAGGAUAUGGAGGAUCCGGAGGAGAUGGAGAAAAGCUCUCAGCUGAGAAAACAUGCCCGACGUGUCAUGAACGCCAUUAACACAGUUGUGGAGAACCUACAUGACCCAGAGAAAGUAUCAUCUGUGCUGGUACUGGUGGGAAAAGCACAUGCCUUUAAAUACAAAGUGGAACCAAUAUACUUCAAAAUCUUAAGUGGGGUUAUUCUGGAGAUACUUGCAGAGGAGUUUGGAGAGUGCUUUACACCAGAGGUACAGACUUCCUGGUCCAAACUGAUGGCAGCAUUGUACUGGCAUAUCACAGGGGCCUAUACUGAAGUGGGGUGGGUCAAACUAUCCAGCUCAGCAGUCUGAGAAGGCCUGGCACAUUCACAAUCAACACACAUAAGAUAACACUGGCUGUGAUCAAUAAGUUUGGCUAGCUAAACAAUUGAUGUAAUAUGAAAAGGUAAAAGAAAAUAAUUCUGAAAGAAGUGAGACUGAAAUCUGUUCAUCAUUAAAUGUGUCAUUCUCUUGUACCUUGUUUUAUACAUAAUAACUCAGUAUAUAGUAUAUACUGACUUUUCAGAUGUUGUCUAUGCCACGUAUAAUGUGCUAUUGUGAAUUUUAAGGUUAGUAUUGUGUACUUACUUAAUCUCAACUCUAUAGCCUUCAAGUAAAAUAAUGGGAAGUUGGGAUCAUUUGAAUACAAAUAAAAUGUUACAGAUUAAUUCACUAACAUAAAUAACAAACAAAAGCAAACGGUGACAUCUCAAAUAAAUCAAUAAUGCAUCUAUGAAUAUAUAGGAGACAGUAAAGAUGAAUUCAUUGUUUAUCUGGGUAUUUAUGCAGGUUAAGUUAGCUCAUCUCGCCUGUCAGCUUCUGGGUCCUCAGGUAGUUUACUGGUUCUUGUCACAUCACAUACCCAUAAACUAAAAUUAUGCAGGCUGUCCUAAUCCAAUAACAGAACAAAUUAGUUCAAUAUCGGCAUUAUGAUUGGCCAGAUUACCAGCGAAGGGUCAAUUUUUCAACCACAAAGUUAUUAAAGAUUGUUUUUAACACACACACAUAAAAACAACACCCCUUUUCACCAUGAUAUGCUAAAUUAGUUUGGAAAGACACGCAAAGUUCUGAAAGAAUGAUUUAUAGAUUUAUCUAACCAAACAUUAACUGGAUAGGAAAAAUGGUAAGGGACUGUACCCACUAAAAGUGAUUCAUCAAUCCUGCAUAUUGAUUAGUUAUGCUGUGUGCACAAACAAUUUUAGUCAUCCAAACUCUCAGCAAGGCUUAUGUGCUUAAAACACUUUUUUUUAAAGUCAUACUGUACCAGGAGGUGGGCCAGUUUUGCUAUAGAAAUACUUUAUAUUAGCAGAAAGAUAAAAACUUAGGUAUUUGUUUAAGUAUCAAAGCAUAGUUUCAUUUGAAAUUAUAUUAUUAUAAAAUAAUUAUACGAUUACCUGAUAACACCUGUAAAUCCAGGCAAACAAUGUUAAACUGGUCCCUUAAUUUAUCCCAUAGAUGUGUGUUUGUAUAAAUUGCCUUAGCAGAUGAAUCACAUAUUUCAGUAUUAAUCACCUAACAUUGAUGUUCUGUGGUAAAUGUUAUAUUUUUGUAAUUAUUACUGAUUUUGUACCAAGUAUGGUAUCUCAUGUAUCGAUACUGACUGUAUGAUUUGUUUUCUUUUUGGUCAUAAUAUUACAUUUGAAGGGGUUAUACAACAUUAAUACAAAAUAAAAUGAAAUGUUACUGUGAUUAUAAUAAAUAUUCUCUACAAGCAUGUGUUGCAA